AUGGCUCUGGAUUUGGUCAGCAUCGCACAACCACAUUAUAUUCCUGGAUACACCGGUCACUGUCCCGAAUACAAAUACCGAAUCGGCGAUACAUAUGGCUCGACCACGCAUAAGAUCCUGCUGGACCCCAGUGUCAAUCACUCGGAGAGGCUGGUGCUGUCUGACAGAACGGCAGAUGACUUCCAGAUAUUUCGUCCACCACAACAAGCUAUUGAUGUAGUCAACGCUCGGUUUCGGAAUGGUGAUCCGGUUUAUAAGCACCCGAUGAUACCGGGAUAUGAAGGCUUCCUACCACGUUUAAACGCCCACUUCGGACAGCGGUAUACCGUAGCAGCCACAGAGGCCUUGUCGGAGUUCCAAAAAUUACAGCUUAACCAGCGCUCAGCCAGGAACCAGCUUGAAAGAGUCGUGGACUUGCAAGCAGGGAAAGGCCAACCAUGGAACCUGGUUGAUCGAUUUUCGGCGACUGCGGAGUUUAAGUUACCAUUAGUGGUGGUGAGGCCAGAAUGUGCGGGAAUAUUACGAGACCUGCCAAUGGAUGAACCGAAACUGUCACCGGCGUCUCAUUCAAUCAGUCCAUACUUCAUGGAGGAUUCAGAUCCACAGAAAUAUAUAAAGAAAGGUUUUGCUGGUCACGUACCAUAUGGUUUCCAGCGGUUUGGCGACUCAUCAAAGAAAGUUACAAACUCUGCCUUGUGCGAUUUCUCAUCUAACUACAGGCGACGUCAAAGUACAGAAUGGGCGCCUGUAAACGUCGUCAAGUAUGUAUUAAUUCCUAUUAUGCUUAAAGAAUUAUACAUAAUAGAUUUUUAUAUGAAACUUAUUAUAGUUUUAUUUGCGUAG